AUGACGUCCGACAUCCCCGACAUCCCCACAUUCCUCCCCAGUAUUCCUCCGCAAACCAAAGACGCCAUCAUCGAUCCUGUAUACCGCGCCCUUCUCGCGAUUGACACCGCCAAUCCUGCCCUUUUCGCCUCUGCCAUCCACGAAGCCGCCCGCUUCAGCUUGAACGGUCGUCUUCUCGAGGGCGCUGAAGCCAUUAAGACACAUGUGUACGAUACAGUGUCCAAGAUAGACACGACCCACCACCUGUCCAACCUCCGCGUCACCGCAUUCGAUGAGGUGAAAGGUACGGCUAGCUUGGUUGCUACCGUUCUGGCACAGCACUACCGACAGGCAGAGGGACUGGAUGCUUCUUCCAAGGGAUUGUUGGCGGGAGGUUUUUAUUUUGUCGAAGCUGUCCGCGAAGGGGAAGAUAGUGAUGUGUGGAGGGUUAAAGAAUGGGCCUUGAGGGUUCUUUGGAGGGAAGGCGACGAGAGCGUAAUGGCGAGCGUCAACGGAAAGGGUGACAAGAAGGAAGAGUAG